GACCAAACGUGCACAGCUUACAAAACACAGUCGUUUCUUGUUUCACGAUUUGCUUCUUCAUCGGUGAUCUUCUUCCUCCGUCGUGAUCUUGUUAGGGUUCGCAGAGUCGAACUUUCCUCUCAUUUCUUCACUUCGCAUCCACGUCGAGAUUCCUCCGCAGUUUUUGUUCCCACAAUCCGAGAAAUCAACAAUAUCGUGUGCCCGCGUUGAAGCACUUGAAAGAUGCAGAAACUGGGAGAGUUCAAACUGCCACAUUUCUUCAAUUACCCACCCUACUUCACUUUGCAGCCAGUAAGAGACACAAGAGAGAAGCAGAUACAACUGUGGAAAGAGCUUAUUUUGGAUUAUUGUAAAACACAGAAGACAUUUGUAAUUGCCCUUGAGGAAGAAUUUCCUCUAUUUACAAAUCAUGUGAUUGAAAGAUCUCUUACUCAUGAAGCUAGAGAAGCUUUCCUUUCGGCUUUAGUUUCUGAAGGCCGUGCAGAAUGGAUGGAUAAAGGACACAGGAAAUGUCUUAUACUCUGGCAUCGGAUUCAAGAUUGGGCCGACAUUUUAAUACAAUUUGCAAAAGACAAUGGGCUGGAAGAUGGUGUUGUCACUAUUGAAGAAAUACGAUCAGGGACCGAGUCUCAGGGAACAGAGCUUCAUGGAAUAGAUCGAACUAUUUUGAAUCGUGCACUGAAACUAUUGGAACAGAAAGGAAAGCUUGUGGUCUUUAAAGGAACUUCAACUGACGAUGAAGGAGUUAAAUUUUCUAUAUAAUUGUUUUUUGUAUUACUCCAUUGAAUUUCGGUGGAUUUUACAUAGGUAAUCAACAAUAGAAUCCUUUGCUAUCUACUUGAUGAAUCUGUUGAUGUCCAGGAACAAGCUGUAAUUAACUGCUAUCAUUUUGCUAUAUGCUUGAUGAAUCCUUUACUAUCUCUACUUGAGUUAAAUACAAAGUCCAAUUCCGACA